CCUCCAUGGCAUCGAAGCUAAAUCCACAGAACUUGCCCUGGUUCUAUCGUGCCCGGUAGCCGUUCAACGCAACCCACAACGCCGCCAAGCGCCCACUCCGCUUGCCUCCGAGUUCCGCCGUACAAUCGAGCGAUGCCAUCGAGAGAGUCUUCGUCGCUUGGGAUUCCUGCAGAUUCAAGGGUUUCAAGAAUGGACGAAUCGGGCAAACCUGUGAUACUUUACUCAAAUCACGGUGAUAUGAGUUGCAGCUUUUCUAGGGCUUAUUAUUCCAUAACAGCAUCAUUGGUGGCUUCCAUUAUCCAUAUCGGUUACUCGAGAUGCAAACUAUAAGCGGAACAUUGGAAGACCCACUUUAUUUCCAGUUCUUCUUUUGUCCUCCUCCACUUGUUUCUUGAAGUCACCAAAAGUGAACUGCUUGUAGUGGGAAGGCUCACUGUAGCUCCCUAUUAUGGAAUCCAUUGAUGGGCAAAGGAAAUAGGCAACUGAGUAUCUAUCUGCCUCAGAAUUGCUCAUUACCUUGUGCUCUACACUCUUGUAGAAAUCAUUGCUCCAUGCCUGGAACGAAUCAGAUUAAUCAACAUAUAGUUGAAGGGUAGAUUCUCAUCUGCAUCAGUUAAAAUAAAAGGUGGCUGUUCUGUGGUUAAUUCUAUGCAUGUGUGGAUGGAACUACUAUUGAACUGAUGUCAUUAGCCAUGGCUUGUCGAGCUCUGGUGCAAUUAUUAACUAUGUAGUUCCCUACCACCGCAAAAAAGUUAUCUCAAAGAAUGCUAAUCAAUGAAGUAAUUUGAAACUUGAAAGUGCUGCCUUGAAAAGGAAUGGGAUGGCCAAUAUUUUGUGUGCAGAAGAUACCUGAAAGAGAUCACCAAUGUUGACUAUAAGAGCAUCUUGGUUAGGUUUCACAGCAUACCAACUAGAAUCCUUCCUCAAUUGGAGGCCUCCAACCUGAUCUUGACUGAGGAUGGUGAGGAAGUCACUGUCUGUGUGAGGCAAUAGGCCAAAGGUGCCCAGUGAAUGAGGGCACGGAGGAUAAUGGUUCAGGCGGAAAUAGUUUGUGCUCAUACUGCAUUUUUCGGCAAUAAAAUCCCCUGGAAACCCCAAGUUCUCAGCUAGAACUCUUGCAAGCACGUGAGCAAGGGUGCAAAGUAAAAUUAUGGCAGAGUUUUGAGGGUACUGGCCGAACCGAGCAGACGAGGAUAUCGAAUGCCUCCUCGUUCGACGGAGAGACCUGAUCUCUAUCUCGCUGGAGUCCAUGGAGAUGGAGGCUCUCUCUCGAAGAAGCUCGUUAUCCAUUUCCGUUGCGUCUCUUUCUAGGCCAAGCUCUCGGUACGGCGUCAGUGCUCGCCGCGACUUCCCCGGCGCGCGGCGAAGGAAACCCUCCUUGCGACUCCGGGUGGAAGCAGAAACGACCUUGGGCUGCGCGCGCAUUGACCGGAGUGAGCCGGUUGAGGUCAUAGGGAUUGGCAGUAGGAAGGACGCGCUCAUCGAAUUCUGCUUGAAUUCGCCCUCGUUCUCCGAAUCUCGCCUUAGGUUCUGGACUAUACAAACGAGAGGUUCUCUUAAGCUCCAGAGGUGCCGUGGAACAGAUAUGCUUCAAAAAAAAUUGGAAUUUCCGCUAUCACAUCCAUGCCCUCCAGCUAUUAUUCUUGUAGCAAGUUCAGGUCAUGAUCUCGAUCAUGUUACAGCUUUAGAACUUUUAGAUGCUGUUAAGUCAGCUGGUGGCCUAGCUGUUGCAAUUUUAUUAAAGCCAUUUAUGUUUGAGGGACAAAGACGGCUGAAGGAGGUAGAAUAUCUGGAGCGUAAACUGAAAGCUUGCUCACACUUUUAUAUUGUGGUUGAAGCAGAUACUUUACUGAAGAGAGAAGUAGAAACUCUAGCUGAAGCUAUGGAAACUGCAAAUAGUGCUGUCUUCUUUGCCCUGUGGACAAUAUCUGUUAUGAUAUCUGAGAGCUUUGCCAAAUAUCAGAGUUUAACAAAUUUGCAAAUGAGAGAAGUUAAAUCAAUGGAAGUAGUAAAAAUUUUACGCAGAAAUGGUGAAGCUAAAUCUGGUUUUGGAGCUGGUUAUGAUAUUAAAUCAUCAAUUAAACAGGCCAUUUUCCAUUGUCCUUUUCUUCCUGGUGGUAUAAAGGAUUUGAAUGGCCUAGUUAUUGUUACCUUUUCAAGUGCUUCUUAUUUGGACCAAAGUGAUCUGCACUCUGCCAUUGUUAUGUUCCGUGAAAUUUCUCGGUGCAAAAGUGAAAUCAUUGUUUCCCAAGUUCAAGAACCUCAACUGGAGUCGAAUUUAGUCAUAACGACUCUUCUGAUUGUGGGAGAAUCAAGAGUCCUACAUAAAGUUAAAUCAUCAGAUUGCAAUACCAAUUUUCUGCACAAACAUAGUUAUGAAACAGAACAUGAUGCAAAUAUUCAGAAUGAACCACCUAGCAGUUUGAGUGAUGACCCUGGAUUCCAUAUUGCACAGUUGUGGGCUAAGGAGCGUACUUUACAUUUAAAUGGUAAAGCAACUGAAACAGAAAUCUUGAGUCUUCCAAUUGGUAUAAAAACCUCCAUUUUGUGCUCUGGUUAUUCAAUGAAUGUUGAUCUGAGUGUUUUGGAAAAUUUUGACAAUAAUAACAAUGCCAAAGAAUCCACAAGUGGACAAUCUAUUGCUUCUGGAAAUGUACUAACAGAAGCAGGUAUGGAGGCUGUACUAGAAAUCUAUAAUUCCGCAUUGGCAUUAAUAAAAGGCAGAAAUCUGAAUGGAUCUCAAAAUGGUGGGCUGCUUUCUGCCCGUGCUGCUUCUAUGCUGGAAGCUGAAAGAGAAUCACAGAAGAGUUGGACGCCUGUCCUGGAAAUACAAUAUAGAGGGGGGAGCUAUAAAGGACGAUGCCAGGGAGGUUUACCUGAAGGAAAGGGUCGGCUAAUGUUCAAGGAUGGAUGCUUUUAUGAUGGCAUGUGGCACAAUGGAAAGAGAUGUGGUCUUGGUUCAUUUUACUUCAGUAAUGGUGAUGUGUACCAAGGAUCAUGGAGGGAUGAUCUUAUGCAUGGGAAGGGUUGGUUCUAUUUUAGUUCCGGAGAUCGCUGGUUCGCAAACUUUUGGAAAGGGAAGGCCAAUGGUGAAGGGAGAUUUUACUCCAAAAGUGGUAGUAUAUAUUUUGGUAACUUCAAAAAUGGUUGGCGAGAUGGACAUAGCUUGUACAUAGACACAGACGGAUCAAGGUGGAACGAGGUAUGGGAAGAAGGUACCCUUGUUAGCAGGACUCAGCUGGAUGAUGCAGCUUCUGGCUGAUGCGUUUACAAAUCUAGUAGACUAGUUCGGAUGCUUACAUUUUGAUAAAACGAUGCCCUAUAAUUGCUGAAACGUGCUUCUGUAUACAGCGAGCAGUUUUUGUACAAAAUUUAAGUUUGCAAUUCUUGAUUGCUAGAAAUGUAGUGUGUAAAUUGUGUCGUAGGGAACAGAAUUAGAACUUCGCCAUCAAAGAAUGGAUAUCUAGUCAUUUGCUCAAUUGCAUUUGAUGUUUUGUUUGACAUUGGUGUAUCUUUAGAUCGAUGAACUUAUGCUGUUAAGGAAUCUUGCUUGCUUUGUUGUAAAGACAGACAAUACCGCACCAUUCCAUUUAUAAGCACUGGUUCCUCAGUUCAAUCUA